CUCGUGUGGUUUGAUGAUCGAUCGAUUAGUCUAAUUUGUCUUCGUUCUUCAACUCUUUGCUUCUCAGCUUCUUCCUUCCAAUGGCAACAAUCAACCUAUCAUCAUCAUCAAUACUCACUUCCUCUUCUCUGCGUGUACUCUCUUCCUAUUCUCCCCAAAAUGCCCCCACAAUCUCAUUCUAUCUCCACCCUAAACCGUCUCUCACCGCCUUCCCUUCUCAUUCUCUCAGACUCAAACGCACCUUUAAACCUUGCUCUAUAACUACCGUCGUUUCAGCUCUCCCGAAACUUUCGGAUGCGGACCUAGUUUCCCUACCGCCGGAAUCAGACGACCUCGCCGCACAACUUCCGUCAGAUUCCGGCGUCUACGCUGUUUUUGACGGAAACACCGACCUUCAGUUCGUUGGCAUAUCUCGGAACAUUGCGGCCAGCGUUCUCUCGCACCGGAAGUCGGUGCCGGACCUCUGUUCCUCCGUCAAGGUUGGGGUAGUAGAUGAGCCUGACAGAACAGCUCUAGCUCAAGCUUGGAAAUCAUGGAUGGAAGAACAUAUAGGAGCCACAGGAAAGGUCCCACCGGGUAACCAAUCAGGGAACACCACAUGGGUCCGUCAGCCACCAAAGAAGAAGCCUGAUCUCCGGUUAACACCUGGCCGCCACGUCCAGCUGACAGUCCCACUGGAGGAACUCAUUGAUCGGUUGGUGAAAGAGAACAAGGUGGUGGCGUUCAUCAAGGGAUCAAGAAGUGCCCCAUUAUGUGGAUUCUCAGAGAGGGUGGUGGGGAUUCUCGAAAGUGAAGGGGUGGAUUACGAGAGUGUUGAUGUGCUUGAUGAAGAGUAUAAUCAUGGAUUGAGGGAAACACUUAAGAAGUAUAGUAACUGGCCUACAUUCCCACAGGUUUUUGCGAACGGUGAAUUGGUUGGGGGAUGUGAUAUUUUGUCCUCCUUGCAUGAGAAGGGUGAGCUUGCUGGUUUGUUAAAGAAUUAGAUGAAUUUCAGUUUUGUAUGAUUGGGGGUGGUUUUGAACACACAUGGGAAAAUGAGAUUAUCCAUUGGCUUUAUGGCUCACCAUGUAUUGGUAGAUGCUCAAGAGAUCAAUGGAGUUUAGCCUCAGAGACUGUUUCUAAUAACAAUGGAACAUAUUUGAUUGAGCAUGAAUUCACAGUUUUUACUUUUGUGAA